UUGCUGGUAGUUACUAGUAGUUGCUGGUGGUUACUAGUAGUUCCUAGUAGUUAUCGGUAGCUACUAGCAGUUACUGGUAGUUACUAGUAGUUACUGGUAGUUACUAGUAGUUGUCGGUAGUCAUCAGUAGCUUCUGGUAGUUAGUAGUAGUUUUCGGUAGUUACUAGUAGUUGUCGGGAGUUACUAGUAGUUACUGGUAGUUAUUAGUAGUUACUGGUAGUUGUCGGUAGUUACUAGUAGUUACUAGUAGUUGAUGGUAGUCAUUGGUAUUUACUAGUAGUUACUGGUAGUUACUAGUAGUUGCUGGUAGUUACUAGUAGUUGCUGGUGGUUACUAGUAGUUCCUAGUAGUUAUCGGUAGCUACUAGCAGUUACUGGUAGUUACUAGUAGUUACUGGUAGUUACUAGUAGUUGUCGGUAGUCAUCAGUAGCUUCUGGUAGUUAGUAGUAGUUUUCGGUAGUUACUAGUAGUUGUCGGGAGUUACUAGUAGUUACUGGUAGUUAUUAGUAGUUACUGGUAGUUGUCGGUAGUUACUAGUAGUUACUAGUAGUUGAUGGUAGUCAUUGGUAUUUACUAGUAGUUACUGGUAGUUACUAGUAGUUGCUGGUAGUUACUAGUAGUUGCUGGUGGUUACUAGUAGUUCCUAGUAGUUAUCGGUAGCUACUAGCAGUUACUGGUAGUUACUAGUAGUUACUGGUAGUUACUAGUAGUUGUCGGUAGUCAUCAGUAGCUUCUGGUAGUUAGUAGUAGUUUUCGGUAGUUACUAGUAGUUGUCGGGAGUUACUAGUAGUUACUGGUAGUUAUUAGUAGUUACUGGUAGUUGUCGGUAGUUACUAGUAGUUACUAGUAGUUGAUGGUAGUCAUUGGUAUUUACUAGUAGUUACUGGUAGUUACUAGUAGUUGCUGGUAGUUACUAGUAGUUGCUGGUAGUUACUAGUAGUUCCUAGUAGUUAUCGGUAGUUACUAGUAGUUACUGGUGGUUACUAGUAGUCACUGGUAGUUACUGGUAGUUAUUAGUAGUUGUCGGUAGUUACUAGUAAUUGAUGGUAGUUAUUGGUAUUUAUUAGUAGUUACUGAUAGGUACUAGUAGUUACUAGUACUUAUAGGUAGUUACUAGUAGUUACUGGUAGUUACUGGUAGUUACUAGUAGUUGUCGGUAGUUAUUAGUAGUUACUAGUAGUUAUUAUUAGUUCUCGGUAGUUACUAGUAGUUACUGGUAAUUAGUGGUAGUUAUUGGUAGUUACUAGUAGUUAGUGGUAGUUACCAGUAGUUGCUGGUAGUUACAAGUAGUUCGUAGUAGUUAUCGGUAGUUACUAGUAGUUACCUGUAGUUACUAGUAGUUACUGGUAGUUGUCGGCAGUUGCUAGUAGUUACUGGUAGUUGCUAGUAGUUAUCGGUAGUUACUAGUAGUUACUGGUAGUUACUCGUAGUUGUCGGUAGUUACUAGUGGUUACUAGUAGUUGGUGGUAGUUAUCGGUAGUUACUAGUAGUUACUGGUAGUUACUUGUAGUUAUUGGUAGUUACUAGUAGUUGUCAGUACUUACUAGUAGUUACUAGUAGUUUAUAGUAGUUCUUGGUAUUUACUAGUAGUUAGUAGUAGUUAUAAGUAGUUACUGGUAGUUACUUGUAGUUGUCGGUAGUUACUAGUGGUUACUAGUAGUUGGUGGUAGUUAUCGGUAGUUACUACUAGUUACUGGUAGUUACUUGUAGUUAUUGGUAGUUACUACUAGUUGUUAGUAGUUACUAGUACUUACUAGUAGUUUAUAGUAGUUCUUGGUAUUUACUAGUAGUUAGUGGUAGUUAUUAGUAGUUACUGGUAGUUACUAGAAGUUACUGGUAGUUACUAGUAGUUACUGGUUAUUACUGGUAGUUACUAGUAGUUGUCUGUAGUUAUUAGUAGUUACUGGUAGUUACUAGUAGUUGCCGGUAGUUACUAGUAGUUACUAGUAUUUACGGGUAGUUACUAGUAGUUGUCGGUAGUUACUAGUAGUUUCUGGUAUUUAGUAGUAGUUGGAGGUAGUUACUGGUAUUUUUCGGUAGUUACUAGUAGUUACUGGUAA